GCUUACCGCGUUGGACGCGAACGGUCGACCUGCGCUUUCAAACCACUCUUGCCCGACCAUGGCCGCAUCCAGCUCCAGCAAAAGGCGGGAGCCCCGUGCCGCCGUCGAGGACCUCGCCGAAGGCACCUCUGCACGCAGUAGGCUCGACGCCAUGUCGCAUGCCAUCCUCUCCCCGUUUACGUCGCGCAGGUCUGAUACAAGCAAACUACUCUCAGACAUGGCACCGGUGAUAAUGACGCCGAGGAUGAUCAACGGCGUCGCCAACGCCUCCGCAAAACGAGACGCCAUCGCGAGCAGCACCGGCGCAAUCUCGACGAUGGACUUUGCGGCCCUCGGCCGUGCACCACUGCGGCUCACGGUGAACAGCCGGCGGAUGACGUCGCGUGACCUGCAGAUCGUCGAGGCGACGGACGAGCUGCUCGACGAGGAGGUCCCGGAGCCCCAGGGCAUCGCGCAGAAUGUCAGCCUGCUCCGAGGGUUCAACGCGACGAUCCCGAGUGCGGACAAGAGCAG